ACACUGCUCCUUGAGGACCGUUUUCAUAAUUUAGACGUUGAUGAGCGACAAAGGCUGUCAAAAUGUCCGAACCUGAACCAUCAUACGAACCUAAACCAAAAUACGAACCAGAGCCAAAAUACGAACCAAGUCCUGAAUUUGGAGAACCAGAAAGUGAAUGGCUCUCAUAUCCGAACGCAGAACCUCAAGUUGAUCUGUCAACAGCGAACGAAGCCUUGCGGACGGCAUUCAAGGUUCACUGGAUAUUCUUUGCGAUAUGUUUUUCUCUCAUAGUACUUUAUAACGGCUACCAGUUAUACAAAACCUAUAAGCGCAGUAGGAUGGCAAACCGAAGCUAUAUUUCAAUAGUCCAGACCCUUGUGAUUUUACUUGGAGUUACAAGGGUACUAGCUUUGAGUAUUUCACCAUACGAGCUCAUAAGCAAUACCCCAAAGCGAGUUCCUUACGUCAUUCUGCGUUUGUUGUUUGCAUUUGGCUUCCCUUGCCUUUUUUCUGGUUUUACGUUUGUGCAUAAGAUCUUCCUGAACGUGAGCAAGGUGCAAGUGAUCUCGCGAAAUGUUCUCGGAAACAAAUUGGUUGCGGUUGUUCUUAUUCUUCAUUUCAUCGCUGUGCUGUCUUCGGAAAUCAUCACAAGUUAUGUUUCAGGGACAGAAUUUCUGCUCGUUAUUUGUGCAUUUUAUUAUUUUACCGGUUGUCUGGGCAUCGCAACGAGUUUGCUCUUUAGCGGAAGACGUGUUGUUGUGAGAAUGCGAAAAGUCCAAAUGAAUCUCAGCAAAAUGAAGCCAACUGGCAUGAAAACUGGCGAGUCUUCUCCUCCAGGAAUAAUUCCUAAAGAUAAAGCAGUUGAAGCGACAGCGAAAGUGAUUAGAAUUACAGUUUUGGCGGCUGUCUUCGGAUUUUUGUGCGCACUUUUGUAUAUUUAUAACAUAGUAUGGGCGAUUCGUGCAAGCAUUGGCGACACAGCCAAGCCUGAAGCUCGUACCUGGUUAACUGUGAACACGUUUCUGCGACUUUUUGAGUUGUUUUUGGCUGCAACUAUGAGUUACGCCGUUGGAUCCGGCUAUCAACGAGACGCUCACUCAAAGAUUAACGUAUCUCGCUGCGACGAUACAGUUACUACGACACCACAGUCAUGAAACAAUAUACAAGUUCCUUUCACUGAUGAUGCAUGAUGAUCACGGAUG